AUGGGAUCGAUGCUAACACAGCCAGAAAUUGAGAUCUACGGCAUUGCCCAGUCCACUCAGAGGCUGGAGAAGUUUGGCUUCCGCCCUGAAGUCACUUUGCUCAGCACGUCUGAGUAUUAUAAGACUUGGGAGAAAAUGGCGAAGGCUCGUUCAUCUAAGCCAUCACGAGCAGAGCUUUAUGAUGUCGCUGAUGGCAUUCAAGGCGCACUUGGACUUCGGUCUCGAGAUUUAACUUUGGCAACACUCGUCUUUGAUCCUAGUUCAUCCUUGGGUUGGCGCUACAUCAAGACUGCCGUAAAGGGGAGAGACCACACUGGUUUGUUGGGCUUACUCUACACAGGUGGUAUCAGUCCUACACUUGGCGAGCAAAUUUUCGCCUCUGGUCUCAAGACAGUUCAGAGCCUCUCACUAGCAUCCUUGACAGCAUGGGAUGCCAUCGUCAAUGCUUCGAAUAUCUGGAACUUUCUUUCCCGAGACUUCCAUACUCAGGGCCACAAUGGUGUAUUCCUAGUAGUCACACCGGAGUACGCUGUUGGCGACUUCCUUCGAGCUCGAGACCUCGAUCCCUUGAGUCUGAACCCGACAAACCCUGUGCGGGGUUGGUUUGGCAAAGUUAUCGACGAAGAACUAGAAAUAUUCACCACGAUCAACAGAGUUCAUAGUCUCAUUGAGAAGAAACAACUUGAUCACGCUUUGAUUGCCAGUAUGAGCCCCAGCACUGUCACGGUAAUCAAUGAGUUGUCAACUACAAAAGACAUCUGGCGCCAUAGGCAAUUUGUUUGGACUGAUCCAAGAGCAGUGUUUGAACCGCAGCAUAGAAUGCUCGGAAACUGCCUCAAAACAAUGAUUCGCAAGCUAUAUCAGCACCGCCAAGGUGUCAAAAUCCUUCAUUUUGAGAAGACACCUCUUCUUGAUCGACGGAUGCUUGCGAUCAUCUUGCGUGGGUUACCCAAGGUCACCAUGAUUGGGGUUUACGACUGUCCUCUUAUUCACUUCGGCGACGUCAUUUGCAUCUUGGAUCUGAUCCACGAGAUCAACCUGAGCCGCCGUGAAAAUGGGCUUCCAUUAAUCGACUCGUUCGAUUUUCGCCCUCACUAUGAGAAUGGAAUGCCGUUCGCCGAGGCGAAUUCCGCCUGCUAUGGCCUUACAUGGGACCCUUUGAGACUCGAGGUAGUCCAGCGCGGGUUCUACAAUAUUAUUCUCAAGGCGUUCUUAAAGUCUCGAGCCAUGAACCUGAAGCUAUUGUUUGACAGAGAUGGCCCCUUCAGAGAUUUCUUGUUCCAGGUGCCAAAUCUCCCCUUUGGGGUUCCCUGCUUUUUGGAUGGUUUGUACCGUUAUGUCGACAUCCAAGGCGAUUCUUUCAGGGCGCAGAGGGAAAGGAGAAGGGCUUUGUUUGACCUGCUCAAGCCUAUUCGCCUGCACCUGGAUGACACCUGGGAUAAAGAUUGGCCGUCGUGGUACCUUAAGGAAAUGGGAAGAACCCUGGUCACUUGUGCUUCCUGCGGCUACGAAACUCUAGGAGAGUUUUAUCCGGUAGACAUACGCAAUGCAGGAGCCGACCAUCAAAUCUGUGCUGGCUGUACCCUUCAGAGAUGGCUUGAUAAGCAAGCGCAUCACUUGCGCCUCGUCAAGUUGGACAACCUGAAGGUACUUUUCGCAGCUUGGGAUAGUUGUGAUUUUAAUCUAUAUGCCCCUGUUGAUGCGGGCGCCAGCGCGAUCCUGAACUUGAAGGUCGGGAGAAUAGCCAAGCCGGGGGACACGGCCCAACCGCAUCACAAACAAAGCAAGAUGAAUUUCGACUCUCUCCAGAAUCUACCGUCUCUAGAGAAGCUGGGUGACCUAUCCGGAGAGUCUGAGCUCAUCUGGCGCAAGUUUAUGUUUGAGUGUGAGCAGACUGACCUCUUCUGUCGAGUCGUUCGGAUGUUGUGUGCCAAGAAGAAACCAGGCAAGGGGGAUGAGUUCCUGACUUCAUUUGCCCCGACUCAUACUCCAGAUCAUGUAGAAGAAACGCAGAAAGCGAGACUCCGUACCUAUGAGCGUCAGAGUCAUGAUUUCAAGACCGUCAUGGACUUGCAUGUCGGCCAUGUGGAGAAGCGUUGGGCCCCUGGGGUACCCAAGGGACUCAAACCAACUUCUAUACCUGGAUUCUGGUAG